UCAAUUAAUACUAUAUCCUUAUUUUACUAAUACAUGUAUAACAGAGAUGAAAGUUGCUUAUGCUUUUGUAACCUCGUUGGUUGAAUGAACGGUUAAACUAACACUACAGGGUUACUAGUAACAACCAUUCAAACAAACUGUCACAUAGAAAAUUAUCCCAACAACCGGCAACUCAAAAUACAUAUAGUUUACAAAUCAAGAAGACAUUUUUAUGAAUAUUCAGUUUUGAAGUUUAGUACAAAAAUUGGUAAACUAUAUUCUCAUGAACUUUACUCCAAAUUUUGUAAAUCUGAGUAGAAAUCUGCAACUAUAACUCUCUGUAAUCUGAUUCUUUUGAAUCUUCACUACACUGCUUAAAAACCUCAAAUCCGAUUCUUGAAUUUUUUUUCCCCAGUUUUUCAACAACCCCAUUUGUCUAGAAAUGCCUUCAAACCCAAAAAUCUUCACUGCUCGACCAUCCUAUGCGUACUACUCCCAUUCCCGUAGAUCAACAAUCUUGAUUCUAUGUUUUCUUAUCGGUUUUGCUGGUUUUGUUUUCGGGUUUAUUGCGAUUUCGAGGAGUUUUGGGUAUAGCUGUAAAUAUGCUGAACCCAGAUCUGUUUCUGUUGCUUGGGAUAGAAAUGGAGGAGGAGAAAGUGGGGUUACUGAUGGAGGGUAUAAGAGGCAUAAAGUAAUGGGUUUUGUUGGAAUUCAGACUGGGUUUGGAUCGGUUGCUCGCCGGAGAUCAUUGCGGAGGACUUGGUUUCCAUCUGAUCACAAUGGGCUUCAAAAGUUAGAAGAAGCCACUGGCUUGGCUUUUAGAUUUGUUAUUGGUAGAACAAGUGAUAAAUCCAAGAUGUUAGCUCUUAAGAAAGAGGUAGCAGAAUAUGAUGAUUUUGUGCUAUUAGACAUUGAAGAAGAGUACAGUAAGCUCCCAUACAAAACAUUAGGUUUUUUCAAGGCUGCCUAUGCACUUUAUGAUUCUGAGUUCUAUGUUAAAGCUGAUGAUGACAUAUAUUUACGGCCAGAUCGCCUUUCAUUGCUCUUGGCCAAAGAGCGGUCUCACUCACAGACAUACCUUGGAUGCAUGAAAAAGGGUCCAGUUUUCACCGACCCCAAGCUCAAAUGGUAUGAACCACUUUCAUCUAUUCUGGGGAAGGAGUAUUUUCUGCAUGCUUAUGGUCCUAUUUAUGCUCUUUCUGCUGAUGUUGUUGCAAGUUUGGUUGCCCUGAGGAACAACAGUUUCCGAAUGUUUAGCAAUGAGGAUGUUACCAUUGGAGCCUGGAUGCUUGCAAUGAAUGUCAAUCAUGAGAAUAAUAAGCAACUAUGUGAACCUGAGUGUACAGCAUCUUCUAUUGCUGUGUGGGAUAUUCCAAAGUGUUCAGGUCUGUGUAAUCCCGAGAAGAAAAUGUUGGAACUUCAUGCAAACGAUGCCUGCUCAAAGAGUCCAACUCUACCAUCAGAAGAUGAUUGAUGGUCUCGAUCAAUGUAGACUGCUGGAUUUUAGUCUCCACUGGAAGUCACAUGUGCAUUUUGUAAGCCAUUUGUGAGAUAUAGAUAUAAGAAAUAUAUUUUUUUUCAUUGAUGUUGCACAAAACUUAAAUGGAGUGACAUGGACAGUGAUUGAUGAUUCAUAUAGCCGAAUACAACUUGCUCGGGAUUGAGGCAUAGUUAUUGUUGUACUGAUGUUGCACAAAGCAAUCAAAACUUUGAUAGUAAAGGAGAUUUUUCAAUUUGCAAUUGUCUUGUGUUUGGUUUGUGAGAAUGAGAUUGUCUACCUUUAUUUUGACAGAUAACCAGUUAUUGGUGUAGCAUUAACUUGAGGUCGAUGUAGUAAUACAUAAACUUUAAAUCUUGAA